UCAAAAAACGGAAAGGACCGGCAGGUUGGCAAACCCCAAAGAGGGAUCGCCCAUCAGGUCGGCGUCCUUGGGAUCUCAGCAGCCGACGACCCCAAUUCAAACCGAUCGUGGGAAACCCCAGGGAAAGAAGGUUCACUUGCAGAGAGAGGGACAGGAUUACAGGGUGCAGGCUGCAGGGAAGUACCGGGGGGAGGGGGCCUGGUCGGAAGGACUUUCCAGCCACUCGGCGCUCAUCAAAAAGUUCCCUGUCCGUGACCCCAGUGGCUCAUCGCAGGGAGUUUCUCCGAUGAGCCCCAGCUCAGGGUUUAGGCUUCUUUUUCCCCCUAGCAGAGGACGAAGCCAGUUCUCUUUUUCUGGUCUGACUGGCUUGGAAAUUCCCCGAGCCUGACCCCGCCCCAGAGAAAUCCCCAGCCAGCGUUUAUAGGGCGCCGCGGCGGCGCUGCAGAGCCCACACCAGUCCGUGCCGCCGUCCCGCCCGCCAGCGCCCCAGCGAGGAAGCAGCGCGCAGCCCGCGGCCCAGCGCACCCGCAGCUCGCCCGCGCCAUGUUCCAGGCGGCCGAGCGCCCCCAGGAGUGGGCCAUGGAGGGCCCCCGCGACGGGCUGAAGAAGGAGCGGCUACUGGACGACCGCCACGACAGCGGCCUGGACUCCAUGAAGGACGAGGAGUAUGAGCAGAUGGUCAAGGAGCUGCAGGAGAUCCGCCUCGAGCCGCAGGAGGUGCCGCGCGGCGCGGAGCCCUGGAAGCAGCAGCUCACCGAGGACGGGGACUCGUUCCUGCACUUGGCCAUCAUCCAUGAAGAAAAGGCACUGACCAUGGAAGUGAUCCGCCAGGUGAAGGGAGACCUGGCCUUCCUUAACUUCCAGAACAACCUGCAGCAGACUCCACUCCACUUGGCUGUGAUCACCAACCAGCCAGAAAUUGCCGAGGCACUUCUGGGAGCUGGCUGUGAUCCUGAACUCCGAGACUUUCGAGGAAAUACCCCCCUACACCUUGCCUGUGAGCAGGGCUGCCUGGCCAGCGUGGGAGUCCUGACUCAGUCCUGCACCACCCCGCACCUCCACUCCAUCCUGAAGGCUACCAACUACAAUGGCCACACGUGUCUACACUUAGCCUCUAUCCAUGGCUACCUGGGUAUCGUGGAGCUUUUGGUGUCCUUGGGUGCUGAUGUCAAUGCUCAGGAGCCCUGUAAUGGCCGGACUGCCCUUCACCUCGCAGUGGACCUGCAGAAUCCUGACCUGGUAUCGCUCCUGUUGAAGUGUGGGGCUGAUGUCAACAGAGUUACCUACCAGGGCUAUUCUCCCUACCAGCUCACCUGGGGCCGUCCGAGCACCCGGAUACAGCAGCAGCUGGGCCAGCUGACGCUAGAAAACCUUCAGAUGCUGCCAGAGAGUGAGGAUGAGGAGAGCUAUGACACGGAGUCGGAGUUCACGGAGUUCACGGAGGACGAGCUGCCCUAUGAUGAUUGUGUGUUUGGAGGCCAGCGUCUGACGUUAUGAGCACAGAGGGGCUGAAAGAACAUGGACUUGUAUAUUUGUACAAAAAAAAGUUUUAUUUUUCUAAAAAAAAAA